AUGGCAACGAUUUCAAUUCCCAAACUGCCUCAGAUUGGCAAUGAGCCCAACCAACACUAUGAGAAAGGCUCGACCCAACGUGCCCUACUCACCCAAGCCAUUGAGCGGGCAAAGGACUGUCAUGUUAAAGUGCCCCUGGUGAUCAAUGGGCAGGAGGUUACGACAGCAUCCAAGGGCGUGCAAGUUAACCCGGCCGACCAUCAGUCCACCGUAGCAACCUAUUCCAAGGCCGGACCUGCUGAUAUCCAGAAGGCAAUUGAUGCAGCCCUGAGUGCACGAAAGCACUGGGCUACCCUUCCAUUCGCCGACAGGGCAGCCAUCUUCCUGAAGGCGGCAGAUCUGAUAUCGGGCAAGUACCGCUACGCCAUUAUGGCCGCCACGAUCCUCGGCCAGGGAAAGAAUGCAUGGCAAGCGGAGAUCGAUUCCGCUGCUGAACUGGCUGAUUUCCUGCGCUUCAACGUGCAUUACGCAGAGGGGCUCUACUCCUCGCAGCCAGGGCAUCACGCUCCCGGGGUGUGGAAUCGCGUCGAGUAUCGACCCCUCGAGGGCUUCGUCUACGCUAUCUCCCCGUUCAAUUUUACCGCCAUCGCAGGAAAUCUUGUUGCACUGCCGGCCCUGCUGGGGAACGUGGUCGUCUGGAAGCCAUCUGACUUUGCCAUUGCAUCGAACUAUCUUAUCUACCGGAUUCUCCUCGAAUCCGGUCUCCCCUGUAACGUGAUCCAAUGGACGCCCGGCGAUCCCGGUGAAAUCACUCAAACCGUCUUCUCCGACCGCGAGUUUGCUGCCCUCCAUUACACAGGCAGUACUGCCAUCUUCCGCCAGCUUUAUGGCGAGAUAGGAGCCGGGAUCGCAGAGGGUCGAUUCAAGUCCUAUCCACGCAUCGUCGGCGAGACCGGCGGCAAGAACGCGCAUAUCCUCCAUCACUCUGCCGAUAUUGUCAACGCCGCCAUCCACACGAUCCGAGGGGCCUUUGAGUACCAAGGCCAGAAGUGCAGUGCUACAUCGAGGGUUUAUGUCCCUUCCUCUCGGGCACAAGAAUUCACCGACCGCCUCGUCGCAGAAGCAAAGGCGCUCUCGAUCGGCGAGCCUGCAGACCACACGCAUUUUGUCGGCCCUGUCAUCCAUGCGGCCUCGUUUUCUAAACUGCGUGCCGUGAUUGACAGUGCACAAGCAGAUGCAGAGCUUGAACUGCUGAGCGGCGGCACAUACGACGACAGUAAAGGGUACUUUAUCACUCCGACCAUCUACCACACUACCAAUCCUAACCAUCCGCUGCUUUCCACCGAACUGUUCGGGCCAAUCCUGGUGUUGUUUGUCUAUGACGACAAGAAAUAUGAGGAGAGGGAGGAGGACGCCUUCGAUGACGUGUGUCAACUUGUCGACCAAACGUCAGACUUCGGACUCACCUGUGCGGUGUUUGCAUCGGACCGGACAGCGAUUCGCUUUGCGGAAGACCGGCUCCGAGAUACAGCGGGCAAUUUCUACAUCAACUGUAAGAGCACCGGGGCUGUCGUGGGCCAGCAGCCGUUUGGUGGUGGGCGGGCAAGUGGUACGAAUGAUAAGGCUGGAAGUAUGAACCUGUUGUCCCGAUUUGUGAGUAUGCGGGCCAUCAAGGAAGAAUUCACCACGAGCUCUGUGGUCUCGUAUCCUAGUAACCACUAA